AGUUUUCUCAAUGUGCAUCUCAGUCUAUUAGUACAGUUUUACAUUUUGCUGUGCCGAUGGAUUAGUCGCGAUUUGUGUCAAUUACACUACUCAGUCUACUCCGAGUCAUAACACGCAUGGAGUUCUCCUGGUGGGUGUUCUGCAUGUUCUGGCUUCUCGGAAAGGCGUCAAGCACAAUAGAAAAUGCUCAGAAAGUAUACGCAGUAAUACAGUUUACAGGGGUUACUUAUAUACAAAGAAAUAAUUAUCACAAUGCUCCAGUUCUGACCUGUCCUGAUCGGAGACUAUGUAGAACAUGUAUUUUAGAUGCGUAUAAAUACUGACACCUACUCACCUCAUCAAAAUAGCAUUCUGCGAACCUGUAUCGACCCAAAGACGCCCCGAGAGCGUACUGCUGAAAAGGACCAGCAAAUGAAAUGAGCUUGGCCGAACGACGGCGACGGCAUCCCUGCUGAACCUUCCGUCGAUGCUACCUGCGAUUCUGCGCUGCGAAAAGCUCGGUCGUAGCAAGCUCACUUUUGCCGUUCGACGUUCAGGUCAGUUAAAUGUGAAAAAGUGGUGGUUGCGCUUCAGUGAGGACCGUGUUGGUUUCGUACCUAUCUUGAACGAGUGUCAUCUAGUCAGAUAUUAGGAUUUAGAUAAUCGAAGAUGGUACUCAAAGUGGAGAAAUCUUGCGAAGAAACAAAACCGAUUUUGAGUUUCAACGACUCUGAUGCUAAAAGCGAACCAGAUCUGAAAAUUGGAGAUGCAUACAGGCACAUCACAAAGUCAAUGAGAGACGACCCACUCAAGAUAGAAAAACCGGAGUUGGUCCUUGAGCUGUUCUCAACGGCUAUUAAAAUGCAGGACAUACCUCUAGCGAAAGAAUGUACCGAAAUUCUCAACAGCCAACUCGACAAGAACAACGCCUUGCUCGUACUGCGCCACAUCUACAAAAGCGAGAUGAUGAUGCCGCCGCCUCCAGAUCCCCUGGAUCUGAAACCCUCGGCGCCGCCCCUCCACGAAGACGACAACGAUUUUAAGGAAGACUGGGUGCAGGAUCUCAGGGACAACCUACGGAACAACUGCCUGCUGGAGAUUGAUAAGAACGCGGACUACGUCCUCAAGCAGAAGGAGGUCUUGGAGUUGUCCUAUCGGGAUGUCCUCGCCAUCACCACCAGAGACACGCUCCAGGUGUCGAAUGAGAUGCUGGUGUAUAGCGUUGCGAUGAGGUGGACUAUGGAGGAGUGUAAGCGGCUUGCAAUGGACCCGCAACAGAAUAAUAUGAAGGCUAUAGCAAGGGAACUCGUUCAUGCUCCAAGGUACGGCCUUCUGUCCAAAAAAGAAUUCUGUUGCGGCACCGUUGACGGCGUAAAAGGUCCUCGCCGCAGCGGCAUCUUGGAGGAAAGAGAAGUCGAAGCGAUACUGAACUACAUAAAGAAAAAAGCCAAGAAUCGUCCACUCGAAGGACUGCCAUAUAAAGGAUCUCUUCCUCGGAGGACGGGUAACGAAAAAUCGAACGCGUUUCACUCUGGGGUUAGUGGAGACAGCGUCUGCAGCGCAGCCUCUUCCUGCGACAAGUUCGUUAUAAACUUCUUGACCUGUUGGACGGUCAUCUUCGACUGAUUUUCCGGAAAGCAUUCGUCGGUGUUCCAACUGAAAGCGAAUUACGCGGAAACCGGUUCUGCUUGGAUCUAAUAUUCCACUGCGAAGUCUCUGCUGUAGUUCUGAAGACUUCCAUGGCUUCCAGUAAGAUAAUUAGAGCUUUUCCAAUUUUGAAAUCAUUUUCCUACAAAAAUGUACUUUGAAUACUCGAAAGAUUUGACGUUGAUUAAUAACGAGGAUUAUUAUCUACAUUCUCAAUAUGCAGGGUAUCUUGUCAAGUAGUGUAUCCUAAAUGUAUCUUAUACAGCUCAUUUGCAUGCCAUAUUAGAGAUCUAUUCGUUUUCAAGUCAAAGUUUUAACUAUGAAUUAUAAUAAAAUAAAUAUCAAAAUAACUUAUUGCUGUAACCCAUAUUAAUAUAUCAAUUAUUAUAAAUGUGAUUUUAAUGUUAUAUCAAGUUUUUGGUGUUAGUAUAGGAUAAUAGGGAUUUACUGUCGUUCUCCUUGCGAAAUUUGGAGGAGAAGUUUGUAAACGAUAAAGUGACAAACAUUUUUUAAUGAGACUAUAUUUAUAUUUUAUAAAAUUAUUAAGCGCUCUUGAAUACUACUUUUUAUACUUGUUUUUCACUUUAUUUCAAACAUAUAAAACAUUUAAAGUAUUUAUCCUUAUACCUAUAUAGUGGAACUAUAAGUUACCAAAAACACUACUAUUUUUAUAGAACGUGCUGGCAUGUUUUUUGUAAUAUGUGGGAACAAGUUGUAGGACUUUAUCAAAUUCCGAUUUGACUUGUGAUUUGUAUGGUUGACAAACAGCAGUGUAACUGCGGAAGUCUAAUUUACGGGCAUUUUCUAUAUUUAGAAAAUUACUGAUAAGUUUUGUGAUUAUAUUAUAUCCUAACUCGAGAGCUUUUUUUUUAUAUAUUAUGUUUAUAUUAAACCUUUGUUAUUUUAUGCUUAACUGAAGCGUUUGUGGUUGCUUUUGAAUUACCAAAGACGCUUACCUAAAUACUAUAUAAAAUCAUCUUCAAAGACAAAACGAAAUUUUCAAUAAUUAAAAUUGUAUUUUUAUUCCAGAUUUUGUUUUGUCUAGAAGAGAUUUUUAGUUCAGUAGCAUAACUACGUUUUAUUGUAAUCUGUGAUGUGUUUUAGCUUUAGGGUUGUUUUUUUACAGAUUUUAUUUUAGUAGCGUUAAACGCUAGAUAAGGAUUGUUGGGCAGGGCCUAAGGAAAUGUUAAGUAACUAUUGAAUUUAUAUCGUUGUUAAAAUUUAAAUCAAUUUAAUGUUUGAUAUUUAUAUGUUUGGACAUAUCUAAGAAAGGAGGACAAAAAAUAUGUUAUUCGUUUAUUUUAUCAGAAUCGUGUAGGCCAUUGUGGAUGUUUAGGCCAGUUUCAUCGAAUAUUAUGUGCGUUUUAAAUAUUGUAUGCCAUAUUUGAAGUCUAUAUGUUCUUAUAUACUUGACUGUAAUAAAAUAAAAGAAGCAUCAAA